GGCCUUUGGACACCAGGGCGCACCCCCCCCACACCCCCCCGCUGGCUCAGCGACAGGGAGAGAGCUCAGGGCGCCUUGCUCAUGUCCCCUCUGCUUGGCAGCUUCAUCGCCGUGGAGAACAUCGACAGCUACUGCGUGCUCAUCUCCUCCAAGGCCGUCUACUUCCUGAAAAGCGGGGACUACGUAGACCGGGAGGCCAUUUUCCUGGAAGUCAAGUACGACGAUCUCUACCACUGCCUCGUCUCCAAAGACCACGGGAAGGUGUACGUGCAGGUGACCAAGAAGGCGGUGAACACAAGCAGCGGAGUGUCCAUCCCCGGCCCGUCCCAGCAGAAGCCCAUGGUCCACGUGAAAUCGGAGGUCCUCGCGGUCAAGCUAUCCCAGGAGAUAAACUAUGCGAAGAGCCUGUACUAUGAACAGCAGCUGAUGCUGAGGCUCAGUGAGAAUCAGGAGCAGCUGGAGCUGGACUCCUGAGGCUGAGGC